AUGGGCAGAUUUCAGCACAAGUCUAGCGCCGGAGCUUGGAGUUUGUGUGCAAGCAGCCAGAUGCUCUACUUGCAUGUGGACAUCAUGAAUUUUCUGAGCAGCUGCCAAUUCCGGUCCUUUGCAGAUUUCCAAGAUGAAGCAACACAAAUGCGAAGAAGCUGGACACAUUAUUCCGUGGAGGCCAUGCUGCUUUUUCAGCUGCAAGACUAUUACGUGCUAAAGAGGUUUCGUCGCAAGUGCGAAAUGUGGCAGAGACUUGACCAGAUCAUUAAGACGGCGCGAGCGUACGGCACCGCUCACGCGACAGCGGUUCGAGCAUUGGCGCUGGCUUGGAAGAGCUAUGCUAGCUUGGGCUGUCUAAAGCUGCAGUACGACGAGACAAUCUACAAGCAAGGGCUGGAAGCUUUGUUUGAGCUGCUGGAGCUCUCAGACCAGACCAGCCUAAGCAACGUGGUGUGUGCAGAAGUAAAAAUGGCCAUUGGCUUCUGGAACGAAAAAUACCAGGCAUGGCCUGGUACAUGGGAUCAAGCCGAGAAGUUUCUUUUGCAGACUUUGACGCAUUACGCCAGAUGUGGCUUUGUGGAGGAACUUGCUAAUGAUGGUAUCAAGCUUUGCCGGAUUCAAGUGCAGAAGCAUGUUCCAGACGGAAUUGCGGCCUUUUAUGAAGUGCGUGUUGUGGAAGCUCAAAUGCGCAUGAACCGACACCUGCAAACGGUGCACCGCCAGGGCCUGCAGCGCUUCAGUGAACGAAGCAGCAUACGUUGCCUUGGAACAUUGAUUGAGCUCUGUGAGCCGCGCCCGGCGAAGGAGACUGACGGUCUUGGCUUGCUGGUGGUGGCUCAAAUCGCGCCGGCUGCCAUGUUGUGGCACUGCUACAUUGCUCACCCCAGGUUCAGAGAUGGCCCCAGGGAGGACCAACUUGCAGACGAAUUUUCUCAAGCACGCAUGAUGAGGUCCGUUGGCUGUCGAAUCAUGUUCUUCUUGCACAGAAGCGAUUUGCACAACUUGGAGCCCUUCAUGUGGUACGCGCCUUCCUUGCACAAAUUCGAGACUUUCUCGGUGUCAGCUUGCAAGUAG